UUCCAUAUAUAUAUAUAUACACAUCUUUAUCUACUUCUUCCAUUUUCUUUUCUUCUCUAAUUAACCAUUCAAUUCCCAAGGAUGCGCAACGUGGGUAGUUCAAGCUCUGCCCGAGGCAUCGCCGCCAUUGUUGGUGUUGGCCCAAAGCUCGGCCGUUCUAUCGCUCGCAAGUUCGCGCACGAGGGCUACACCGUCGCUAUUCUCGCUAGAGACUUGGGUAGGUUAUCGAGAUUUGCGGAUGAGAUUGCCAGAGAAGAGAAGGCUCAAGUGUUUGCGAUUCGAAUAGAUUGCUCUGACUCGAGGAGUGUGCGAGAGGCAUUCGAAGGAGUGCUGUCUCUGGGAUUUGUCGAGGUUUUGAUUUACAAUGCGAAUCAGCAAGUUUCGAGGAAACCCACAAGGUCAACCGACGUUCGUAUUGAGUCAUUUGAGAAAUCUCUCGCUGUUUCAUCGGUGGGUGCUUUCCAUUGCUCCCAACAGGUACACUACAGGGCUCCCUCACUUUUAUNAGAGGGCUUUUAG